CCUUCAUUACAGAGCUGUGGUCAGACGCUGCUCAGAGCAGCUCUCCUCACAUCCAGGUGAUGGAGCUACACUCUGGAUCUGAGCUCUGUUUCCCACAGCUGCUCAACUCCUCCUGCACUAAACCAGUGGUCUCCUGGUCCGAACUGGUCUUUCUACGCUGUCUGCUGUCGUCUGUGUCUGUCCUCACUGUGACUCUCAACCUGCUCGUCAUCGUCUCCGUCUCCCACUUCAGGCAGCUCCACACUCCCACCAACCUCCUGCUCCUCUCUCUGGCCGUCUCUGACUUCCUGGUGGGCUUUGUGUUCCUUCCCGGGGAGGUCCUCAGGAAGUCAACCUGCUGGCUCCUCGGUGACCUCAUGUGUUCCCUGUUUAAGUUCACAGCUACUAUCUGUGUCGCUGCCUCGACUGGUAACAUGGUUCUGAUCUCAGCUGAUCGCUUCGCAGCCAUCUGUGACCCUCUGCAUUAUCACAGCAGAGUCACAGUGGGAAAAGUGAGACUCUGCAUCUUCCUCUGUUGGCUCUGUUGUACUCUCUAUAACAUUUUGUUUAUUAAAGACGAUCUGCUUCAGACACAGAAGUCUAACUGCCGUGGACAAUGUGUGUUUAAGGUUGAAUUCACUCCAGUGAUCGUUGACCUUAUUGUGGGUUUUAUUCUCCCAGUCUCCGCCAUCGUGGUUCUGUACAUGCGAGUGUUCGUGGUGGCCGUGUCUCAGGCCCGGUCCAUGCGCUCUCACGUCACAGCCGUCACUCUGCACAGAUCAGUGACGGUACUUGCUAAGAAAUCGGAGCUGAAGGCGGCCAGGACUCUGGGGGUUCUGGUUGUAGUCUUUCUGUUUUGUUUCUGUCCGUAUUACUGUGUCACUCUUACAGGAGAGAAUUUGCUCCACUCUUCAUACGGAGUCUUUGUAUUAUCAGUCUUCUGUUUGAACUCCUGUGUGAACCCUGUGAUCUACGCUCUGUUCUACCCCUGGUUCAGACGAGCUGUUAAACUCAUCGUGACUCUGCAGAUUCUGCAGCCUGGCUCCCGUGAGGCCAACGUGCUGUGGAGAGGCCGUGGGUGAGAGGACGCUCUAUGGACACAAGCAGCUGUCGAAAUGAAGUCAGAUCCUCUGUUUUCACUUUCUCCAUGUUUCACUAUCCAGUUUGUCUUUGUUCAGGCAUAUUCCAAACAUGUAGCAACACAUUGAUGAACACUGCUAAUAGCCAAUCAUUCACUGGCUGCUACAGGUUCCUGAUUCGUACGGACUGACCACUUCAAGAAACAGUUAACCUGUUUCUGCUGUACAGAGACCAGGUUGAAUUGUUCGGCCACCGCAGGUCACGUGUACAUGUACUAAACAAGAUCAGUAACAUGGGCUCUGCUACGUCUGAUCGUGUUUAACAUAAAACCUGCAUACAGUAUGUACAUGUACGUUUCACCUCAUCUGUGGGUUUUGCAUUCAGUUCCCACAUGUCCAUGAUUCUUGAACACAGGAGACUAAUAUUCAUGAACAUCUGGUGGCACAGCAAGAAUCCACUGUCAUGACAGUUUCUCUUCCUGUUGAUGUUCACUUGGAGCUGGAUCAGCACAGUUCUUUCAUUGAACGUGAAUGGCUGACCUGCAAGGACAGACAUUGUGAUCAUGGAUGUGGCAACGAUAGGUCGACAAAAGCCAGGAGUGAAGAAACAAAUAGUCCAAUUUAUUCAGGAGAAGAACACAAUCAUGGACAGGCACUUGCAAACCAAACCGUGAAAUUCAAUCUUCAGUACCAGUAAACCUGGGUGGCAUGUACCACCCUGCACAGGUGAGGCCAGUUGAGGGGAACAACAGUAAAACAGAUAUUACUUCAUGCCUCUGUCAUAACAAACUUCUCAGUAAGUAAAUACUUACUGUAACAUAAAUUCGAUAUGAAAGUCACAAUAAAUAUUCAAAUCAAAGUCCCUGUCGGGUGUGAAGCUUUCUCUCUGCAGUCCACCCUCCGGUUGG